CUUGAACAGGACCCGCGAAAACGUUAAUCCUAGCGAAGAAGACACUACUGCUAGAGUGUGACCGCCGAACGCAGUGAGACCGUGUGGCGACGUACCAAUUCCCCGUAUCUGUGACACGUAUGUGAGAACUAGCCGCGCUCGGAAAUUGGACGUUGAUUGAAGAAGCGGGUGCUCUCGACUCGCGAAUGGCCGCGGUGGCCGUUGUGGUGGGGCUUUCUUGAGCAACCAGACGGUACGCCUGUGAACCCAAAGUGCCCAUCUCGCGCAAAGAUCUUCAGUCACGAUCACCAUCACGACACGGCAAAAUGCUCGAAUCAAUGAUCAUGAACCGAAUCUUUCGGUACUUCAUGAAGUUCCACGGGUACUUCAUCGCGUUUUGCACGAUCUUCUUCACGUCGGUCAUCAUCGUCAGCUCGUUCAUGGGCCGGGAGGUGCGCGACGAGCCGCUGUUCGUGGAGGAAGAAUUAGUCGAGGCGGUCCAACGGUUCCCGGUGCUGAUCCAGCUCGAGUCGGCCCUCUGGCUGUGCGCCUCGGCCCUCCUGGUGGCCGGCCUGUAUCGGGAAAACAAAAACUUUCUCACCCCCUUUCUGGCGCUGUUCAUCGUCGACGGCGUGGUCGUGAUCGUCCAGGAAACGGUUAACCUCUGCACCGGGCGCCCCUCGGAGCUGGCCAUGAUCGAGACCCGCCAGCUGGUCAUCAUGCUACUGGCCAACGUGUACGUGCUGGUCAGUCUGAUCGUGCUGUACCGGAUGUUCGGCAAGGGACCGCUGCCGGUGCCGCAGAACAACUUUGUGCGCUUCGACAACGAACAGGACGUGGAGUCGGGACCGCCCGGGUCGACCGCGCCACAGGCAACGACGACGGCGGCGGCGGCGGCCCACAGUGUCACGGCGGCGAUCGGUGCAACCUAAAGCAGCCGCGAGGCAGCUCCUGUCCCGUCCCGGCGUGCGGGCGCGCAAAAAUGCUAGUGAAAGUGAUGUACAUAUUUCGUGGUGUUGUGAAGUUGAACAUUUUGUACGUGUGAACGAGACCUCUGUGUGCGAGUGUGUAUGUGUGCGUUGUGACAUAAAUGUGGUGCGAAGAAGCGAAGUGGCUGCAGCAGCAGCCGUCGCCGCCGCAGGGGAAGAUGCGGAUCGCAGGCGUGGACUAGGCCAGCUGGCUGCGACGCGUAUGUGACCUCAACGCCGUCUCACGUGCCGUUCCACAAUUGGCCACAAUUAGGUGCUACCGAUCCGGGGGCUGGCCACUUGCUGGCGCACUGCUGACUGAAUGCGAAUCCAAUCUGCCUAUUGAAGUGGCCGGCGGCGGCGGCAAAGGUGUAUGUGAUAGCGCGCGCGGUGUACGCAUAAUAUUGGACACGGCCGGUGUCCUGGGCGGCGCGAAGGAUGCGCCGCUCAUCAUCAAAGCGGUCCGCAGCAGCAGCAGCAGCAGCAGUGGAGUAGCGGGACCGAGCUGUUUGCUAUUGUUAGGCCAAGCGGUCGUAUGUUGUGCGUUUCCGUUGUUUUAUUUUAGCCGACCAAAUAGCCAGUAAAGUAGUGGUGCGUCCGGUGCGGCCGCCUUACGCCUUGCAGCGGCACACGUUCGUUCUAUUUUUAAGUGCAAAUUGUCUCGUUACGCGCGAGGCCCACGGUGGGCCGACCAGACAUUCCGCGUCCGCGCGCGUAUCAGUAUCAUUAGUAACCGGGUACACGGUACUCAUCUCGCUCGGAGCUGAAGGUGCUGGCAGUAAUAUGUAGAAGAUACCCCCCAGGCGAGGGCCACUAAACAAUUAAUAAACAUAUCAUAGGACCCCGCUUGGCGCUUGGCGGCACUAGCCGGCCGCCGGCAUCGAGGUAGUAAUUCGAGCACCGACUGCAAUUUAAAACCACCCCAAAAAAGGUCAUUAGUAAUGUUGCCAACGCCAAAGCAAAUAAAUACAUACUUUUCGUGUCUUACUGUGGCGCGCGAACUGGGCCGAUAAUAAAGCAAGA